UUGUUCUCACUCUUUCUCUCUCCUCCUUUUUUUUUCACCUGUAUUAUAUUGAAUUUGUUCUACUGUUUACAAAAAAGAAAUGUCGAUGCCAAUUCCUUCCCGCCAAUUAUUCAUUGAUGGAGAGUGGAGAGAACCCAUCAAGAAGAAUCGCAUCCCUAUUAUCAACCCAUCUAAUGAGGAGAUCAUCGGUGAUAUUCCGGCGGGAAGUUCCGAGGAUAUAGAGCUUGCGGUGGCGGCCGCUCGAAGAGCCCUUAAGAGGAAUAAGGGAAGAGAGUGGGCUGCUACAUCUGGAGCUCAUCGUGCCAGAUAUUUGCGUGCUAUUGCAGCUAAAGUGACAGAAAGAAAAGAUCAUUUUGUUAAACUUGAAACGAUUGAUUCUGGGAAACCAUUUGAUGAAGCAGUGUUGGAUAUUGAUGAUGUGGCCACAUGUUUUGAAUAUUUUGCCGGUCAAGCAGAAGCCAUGGAUGCUAAACAAAAAGCUCCCGUCACCCUUCCAAUGGAGAGAUUCAAAAGUCAUGUUCUCAGGCAGCCCAUUGGUGUUGUUGGAUUGAUUACCCCAUGGAAUUACCCACUUCUAAUGCUACAUGAAAAUCGCUCCAGCUCUUGCUGCUGGUGUACAGCUGUACUGAAGCCAUCAGAGUUGGCAUCUAUAGACUGCCUAGAAUUUGGAGAAGUUUGCAAUGAAGUGGGACUUCCUCCGGGGGUGUUGAAUAUUGUGACUGGAUUGGGUCCAGAUGCCGGUGCACCGCUAGCAGCUCAUCCUGAUGUUGACAAGGUUGCAUUUACUGGAAGUAGUGCCACUGGCAGCAAAGUGAUGGCUUCAGCUGCUCAAUUGGUUAAGCCUGUUACAUUGGAACUUGGAGGUAAAAGUCCUAUUAUCGUGUUCGAAGAUGUUGAUAUUGAUCAAGUUGUUGAAUGGACCAUGUUUGGCUGUUUCUGGACAAAUGGUCAAAUAUGCAGUGCAACAUCCAGACUGCUUGUGCAUGAAAGUAUUGCAGCUGAAUUUAUUGAUAGGCUUGUAAAGUGGACCAAAAACAUUAAGAUAUCUGAUCCAUUUGAGGAAGGCUGUCGACUUGGCCCUGUUAUUAGUAAAGGGCAGUACGAUAAAAUUAUGAAGUUCAUAUCAACAGCCAAGAGUGAGGGUGCAACUAUCUUGUGUGGAGGUUCCCGCCCUGAGCAUUUGAAGAAAGGGUAUUUCAUCGAACCAACUAUUAUAAGAUAUCUCCAAUCCAUGCAAAUAUGGAGGGAAGAAGUUUUGCCCUGUCUUAUGUGUAAAACAUUUAGUUCUGAAGAUGAAGCUCUUGAAUUGGCAAAUGAUACAGAGUAUGGUUUAGCUUCUGCUGUGUUUUCAAAAGACCUUGAAAGGUGUGAAAGGGUAUCGAAGCUUUUGGAAUCUGGAGCCGUGUGGGUUAAUUGCUCACAACCAUGCUUUGUUCAUGCUCCAUGGGGAGGCAUCAAGCGUAGUGGUUUUGGACGUGAGCUUGGGGAAUGGGGUAUCGAGAAUUACUUGAACAUCAAGCAGGUCACGUCAGAUAUUUCUAACGAACCAUGGGGAUGGUACAAGUCUCCUUAAAGCUACUCUCCUAUAAGAAACUUUGCACGAAUGCUGCCGUUGUAAAGUGAACAGUGGAUAACUUGAGGAUCCAAUUUUGUUCUUGAAUAUAUGUGAUUGAAUAAAGGUGGUUUGAUGUUGGAGUAGGAUUAGCAAAUUAAUUCAGACAAUUGAGUUUGACCAUGAAAUCCUUGUUUUUUUUCUAGAUUCAUGGCAUAUUAAACUUGUUUGCUACUUUUAUUUGCGGAUUACCAUCUCCUCUAGGUAGGUUACUGAAAUUGUGUCAUUUCUACUGGUCAGGCAGUUACCAUGUGCAUAGUUGGUUUAUAGCUCGAGAGUGAUCUUAUUAUAUUUUGAAUACAAGUAAUUUGUUAUUUCCUUACUA